ACGGUCUCCGGAGCCCUGUGGGACUCGGCGCCGCCUGGAGAAGGGGCCAGGACACUCCCGCCCGCCCGGAAAAGUCUCACUGUUGGUAAACCGACCACCAGAAUUUAAAAAGUGACUGCUCGGGUCGCCGCCUCUCCUCCGCGAGCCCGAGGAGACAUGGCCUGCCCUUUCCUGCUCUGCCUCCUGCUCGCUCAGCCGGGAAUGGGGGCGGUCGGCGCCAGCCGCGACCCCCCGGGACAGUCGGAUGCCCCGCGGGAGAGGACCCCGAGGGCCAAGCAACACGCCCCGCAGGCGGCUCGAGCCUCUGCCCCCGACCCCUCGGCUCCCUGGAGCCGCUCCGCCGACGGCACCAUCUUGGCGCAGAAGCUCGCCGAGGAGGUGCCCGUGGACGUGGCCUCUUACCUCUACACCGGGGACUCCCACCAGCUGAAGCGGGCCAACUGCUCCGGCCGCUACGAGUUGGCCGGCCUGCCGGGGAAGUCGCCAGCCCUCGCCAGCUCCCAUCCCUCCCUACACGGAGCGCUGGACACACUGACACACGCCAUCAACUUCCUCAACAUGAUGCUGCAAAGCAAUAAGUCUCGGGAGCAGAACUUGCAGGACGACCUGGAGUGGUACCAGGCGCUGGUGCGCAGCCUGCUGGAGGGCGAGCCCAGCAUCUCCCGCGCGGCCAUCACCUUCAGCACGGAGUCCCUGUCCGGGCCCGCCCAGCAGGUCUUCCUGCAGGCCACUCGAGGAGAGAGUCGCAUUCUGCUCCAGGACCUGUCCUCCUCCGCCCACCAUCUGGCCAACGCCACCCUGGAGACGGAGUGGUUCCAUGGCCUCCGGCGCAAAUGGAGGCCCCACUUACACCGCCGUGGUUCCAACCAGGGGGCCCGGGGCCUGGGCCACAGUUGGCGGCGCAGGGACGGGUUCAGCGGGGACAAGAGUCACGUCAAAUGGUCGCCACCAUAUCUGGAGUGCGAGAACGGGAGUUACAAACCCGGGUGGCUGGUCACUCUUUCCGCUGCCUUCUAUGGGUUGCAGCCUAAUCUGGUUCCUGAAUUCAGGGGUGUCAUGAAAGUCGAUAUAAAUCUUCAGAAAGUGGACAUUGACCAAUGUUCAAGUGAUGGCUGGUUUUCAGGAACUCACAAAUGCCACCUUAACAAUUCAGAGUGUAUGCCAAUUAAAGGCCUAGGAUUUGUACUUGGAGCCUAUGAGUGCAUUUGCAAAGCAGGAUUCUAUCAUCCUCGAGUCUUAGUGAACAACUUUCACAGAGCGGAUCCGGAUCAUCAGUCUUCAGGAAGUGCAAGAGGGGUGUCAGAAGAAACCCAUGUCUGCCUGCCCUGCAGAGAGGGCUGUCCUUACUGUGCUGAUGACCGCCCAUGCUUUGUCCAGGAGGAUAAGUAUUUACGACUUGCCAUCAUCUGCUUCCAAGCUCUGUGUAUGCUGCUGGACUUCGUCAGCAUGCUGGUGGUCUACCACUUUCGCAAAGCAAAGAGCAUCAGGGCAUCAGGGCUGAUCCUGCUGGAAACAAUUCUUUUUGGAUCUCUUCUAUUGUACUUUCCUGUUGUUAUUUUGUACUUUGAGCCAAGUACAUUUCGCUGUAUUCUCCUAAGAUGGGUCCGUCUUCUCGGUUUUGCCACUGUUUAUGGAACUAUCACUCUGAAGCUUCACAGGGUUUUGAAGGUAUUUCUUUCACGAACAGCACAACGAAUACCAUACAUGACUGGUGGCCGGGUCAUGAGGAUGUUAGCAGUCAUACUCUUGGUAGUAUUUUGGUUUCUCAUUGGCUGGACUUCAUCUGUGUGCCAGAAUUUGGAGAGGGAAAUUUCACUUAUUGGCCAGGGCCAAACAUCUGAUCACCUCAUCUUCAAUAUGUGCCUCAUCGACCACUGGGAUUAUAUGACAGCAGUUGCUGAGUUUUUGUUCCUCUUGCGAGGUGUUCACCUCUGCUACGCCGUGCGGACCGUCCCGUCAGCAUUCCACGAGCCCCGCUACAUGGCUGUCGCCCUUCACAAUGAGCUCAUUAUCUCUGCUGUGUUCCACACAAUUAGAUUUGUUCUUGCUGCACGGCUGCAGUCUGACUGGAUGCUGAUGCUCUAUUUUGCACACACUCAUUUGACUGUGACAGUCACCAUUGGGCUGCUUUUGAUUCCAAAGUUUUCACAUUCAAGCAAUAAUCCACGAGAUGAUAUUGCUACAGAGGCUUAUGAGGAUGAGUUAGAUAUGGGCCGAUCUGGAUCCUACCUGAACAGCAGUAUAAAUUCAGCCUGGAGCGAGCACAGUUUGGAUCCAGAAGAUAUUCGGGAUGAGCUAAAGAAACUCUAUGCCCAAUUAGAAAUAUAUAAAAGGAAAAAGAUGAUCACAAAUAAUCCCCACCUCCAGAAAAAGCGGUGCUCAAAGAAGGGCUUAGGCCGUUCCAUCAUGAGGCGCAUCACUGAAAUCCCAGAGACUGUCAGCAGGCAGUGCUCCAAAGAGGACAAGGACCUUGCAGACCAUAGCACAACCAAAAGUGCAGCCCUAGUCAGGAAGAACCCUCCAGAGUCUUCAGGAAACACUGGGAGACCCAAGGAAGAGUCCCUGAAAAACCGAGUCUUCUCACUCAAGAAAUCCCACAGCACUUAUGACCAUGUGAGAGAUCAAACCGAAGAGUCCAGUAGCCUGCCAACAGAAAGCCAAGAGGAAGAAACUACUGAAAAUUCCACACUGGAAUCCCUUUCGAGUAAAAAACUGAUGCAAAAGCUUAAAGAGGACAGCGAGGCUGAGUCCACGGAGUCUGUGCCUUUGGUGUGUAAGUCAGCAAGUGCUCACAACCUCAGUUCUGAGAAGAAACCUGGGCACCCACGAACAUCGAUGUUACAAAAGUCUCUCAGUGUCAUAGCAAGUGCCAAGGAGAAGACUCUUGGAUUAGCUGGGAAAACCCAAGCCUCCAGUGCAGAAGAACGUGCUAAAUCUCAGAAAGCUCCGCCAAAAGACAAAGAGACUAACAGAAAGUACUCAAAUUCAGACAAUGCAGAGACAAAGGAUUCUGCACCCCAAAAUUCCAAUCAUGUGGAAGAGCCAAGGAGGCCUCAGAAAUCUGGGAUUAUGAAACAACAAAGGAUCAACCCUGCCACUGCCAACUCUGACCUGAGCCCAGGUACCACCCAGAUGAAGGACAACUUUGAUAUUGGGGAAGUGUGUCCCUGGGAGAUGUAUGACCUGACACCUGGUCCUGUGCCUUCAGAAUCAAAAUCUCAAAAACAUGUAUCUAUUGCAGCUUCUGAAAUGGAGAAAAACCCAACAUUUUCCUUAAAGGAGAAAUCUUACCACAAGUCUAAGUCACCUGAAGGAUAUCAGCAGUUCAAUCAGAAGGGCAUAGAUAAGGCUGAAGUCUGUCCUUGGGAGAACCAAGGUCAGUCCCUAUUUGAAGAAGAGAAGCAUUUGAUUUCCAAGACUCCAGUCCUCCCAGGGCGAGUCAAAGAUGAGAAUGGAGGUCCACAUCAUACACCUAAUGUGAGUGCUGGGCAAUACGAAGAACUAACCCCCAAGAUCAUAGCAUCAAAAGUAGACAAUGAAAAUCUCAACCAAAUGGGAGACCAGGAAACAAAGACAUUACCUUCUGUGGAAAACGUUCCUGGCUUCUACAACUCUAGUAAUAAUUUCCAGCAAUCUUUAAUAUCACGUGCUGAAGUGUGUCCUUGGGAGUUUGAGACCCCAGAACAACCAAAUGCUGAGAAAAGUGUAGCUUUACCUGCCUCUUCUGCUUUAAGUGCAAAUAAAAUAGCAGGGCCUCAGAAAUAAGAUGGCUGGGGCACUUUUAAAGAAUGGUAUCCUCAGGAAGAAAAGAAGGAAAUCCCAAAUUCAAAAUACAACAGGAAAUCUAAAAAUCACAAAGUCCCCAAGGUAUUUCAUCAUUCCAGUGAAGUAUGGUCGAAGUUAUGGACUGAAGAGGGCUAGAAUGGCCACGUGAACACCACCACAGUGCAGAAAUCAGACUUAAACCAGGAAAGUCUUUGAAGAGCCAAAGAAACACAAGCCAGAAGACUCAGAAAACAUGAUAUUUUGCAAAGAAAAAGUGAUAGGUAUAUAUGACUGAAGUUCCAAGUCUCUGACCGAAAGGAACUUAUUUUACCUAUUUAAUCUUGCUAGCACUGCUAACUUAAUGCAUCCCAAAAAGUAUCUUUUAUAUUAAUGAUUGCCCUCAUUUUCUUAUGUUUCAGUAUAUUGUUGUGUCUUAUAUCCAAGCAUUCCAGAUUGUAUAAUUUUUGCAAAUAACUUUCAUAUCAUGUGACACAACUCAUUUAUGCAAUCUGUAGCUACUUAAUUGUUUUUGCAACUUACCGAAAACCUGCUAUCUAUCAACUUUAGUUCUUGAAGUAUAGUAUGCUUUCUCCAACUUAGAAAACCAUCACUGUUAUGGUUAAAAACUGUUAGUUUGGGCUGUGGUUUAUAUAUUGUGAAUUUGAAUUUGACUCAUUAUCACACAUCAUAGUUUGUUACACUGUCUUAAUCAGGGUUUUUUAUAUAAGCUGAGUUUCUUGUUUUGCACUUUUUGUUAGGACUCAGAGGCUUUAUUACUAUUGGAGAUUAAGUGGUCCUACUUAGACAUGUGUCUCAGUAAGUUAAGGACAACUUACCCAUUGUUUGUUCAAAGUAAAAGAUAGGCAAUUCCAAUCAUCCUUUUUAACUCUUUCAUUAUUUCUUACUUAGUAGCAUUUCCUAAAGAAGAAGCUAAGAAAAAUAUAUGUACAUUAUUAUUACCUUUGGAAGGGGAAGACUUUAGGAAUGGCAUGAAAAUUGUAGCACUACUACAAAUCCAGGAAAUUUGUCUUUCAAAAUGAAGAUGGAAAGGUAGCUCCUAAUAGCACUUUCAAGGGAUUAUUUUUUUAAAACAGAAAAAAUAUGAUAGCAUCAAGAUUACUGUAUGGAUAUAUUUUUAUUAUGUGUAUGGAAAAUAUGAUAUUUUAAAUUACCUGAAACUAUUUAUUCUCAUAAACUUUUAUUCAUUGCUUCAACUAGAGGUAGAAUUUACUGGUCUGAAAUCCCAAAGAGGUUUUAUAACCUGAUUUAUUGAAAGCCUAUAAGGUGGCGUAGGUUCUUCAUUCUCCCAAGCACUGGAAAACUUACAAGUCUUGCAAAAUGCCACCUUGCUCAAAAUGUAAAGGGUAAGAUUUAUUUGCAAGACAAAAUAGCCCUCAAAGCAUAUCUUAUAAAACUUAUUGCAUUCCACGCUGAUCUCUUGGCAUGAAAAUCCUAAGCUGCUGACUUAGCCCUCUUGAUGUGAUCAUGCAGUAAGAUUCCUAACCUCAGUCUCAUUUUAUUUAAAGAUGAGCUGUUUAAAAAUAUAGAGCCCAAACUUCUCUUUCUCACUCUAAAUGCUGCAGUAUCAACUGCCAUUUCUCCAGGAUAUUUUCAGCCUAAAUAACUGGUUUUUUUGUUUCAUAAGCAGCAAGGAAAACAUGCUAGAAUGGUAAAGGAUCAACAAAAGGAGUCAAUGUGGAUACAAGGCGGUUCUUAGAGAAUAUUAUUCUCAAUCAAAGGUAAAAUCAGAAUUCCAUGUAUCCAUCGUCAAAUAGUUUUCUCAGUGAUUUUUCUUCAGGAGUAAGCGAACACUUCGCCAUUUUGCAAAGCUGUGCAUAAAUGUUCCUCACCCAUUUGCUUGCCCUGUGCAUUACUCAGGUUGGUGGGGUAUGUCUGAAAAGUUAUUGAAAUUCUAUUUACAACUAUUGCCUUCAUUUAUUUCUGCCAUCCCUUCCUUGUCAAACAAGGCCUACCCACUUGGUGACCUUAGAAUACUACUUUAGAUGUAUUUGUGAAUUCAGUUUAGCAUUCCUAGACCCACUUUUUUCACUUAUGUUUGAAAUCUGGUAGCACUUGACUCACUUUUCAGAAUUAGUCACAUAUCGAUGAAUUUUAUUGUACUUCAGGAUGAUCCUGAUAUGGAUGUGACUUCUAGAAGAAUUGCCAACUUAUACCUUAGUGACAUUCUACAGUCUAUAGAUUAUUCUUCACCAGCAUAAUCGGUGAGAAUGGCUAGAGCCUUUCCUAGAGUUUCAUUGCCGUUACUUAUCACCAAGAGAAGUCAGAAUGUACAGUUCUGGAGGUUAUUAUCCCAAAUUGAUAACCAGAAAGUAACUAAACACUAUUAAGGUCUCACAAACAUUUGCUAGGUUGUCCUUCUCAAUGCAUGUGCAGGCUGCAUCCUGUCCUUGUUUUUGAGCCAGGGUUUAUAAAUAAGUAGACUUAUAUCAGUCUUAAUAGAACUGUAUAUUUUAUGCAAGAAUUAAAUGCAUUAUGAUAUGAAUCAUAACCAAUUGUAAACUUUGGUGGCAAUAUGGAUUUGAAACUCGACAGUUCUCUUGUAUUUGCUUCCUAGGUUUCUGCAUGCAAGUGAUGACAGGUAGGACUGAAUAAACACUGCCUUUUGACUUCUAGCAUUUAGCAACUGAGGAGUUGUAGAGUCAACAAAGCUGUAAGUCUCUUCACUUAAUCUGUGGUUCUACUGAAACUAUUAUCUGAAACCUACCGCAUCCCACCAUGAAAUAUUUGGUAAAUUCGUGUUGUGAUGUGUGGCAGCAUGUAAAUAAUUAUAACUUCUCUGCAAUAAAACAUAUUUAUAUGAA